AUGCCUUCAAUAGAAGAAACUCCAGAAUUCAUCAUUCAACUCGCAAAGGACCAACGGCUCGACGCGUGUCUCGUCUUAUCAAGUGCGAUUAUACUGGUCUAUGACUAUAUAAUCACCUUCGAUCUGGAGGUCUCUCUGAUUUGGUUCUAUCACUCUGGCUGGAGUUGGACCACAAUGCUCUAUAUUCUCAACCGUUACCUCCCAUUCGUUGACACGAUCAACGGCCUUUGGCAUGAUUUCGUGCUUGGUAUCCCGCGCGAUGCCUGUAUGCUCUCUUUCCAAGCAACAGGCUGGUUGUAUGUCAUCGGAAUUUCUGUAACGGAAAUUAUCUUGACAAUUCGCACAUGGGCAAUUUGGCGCAGGGAUCGCAGACUCGCUGCCAUUCUAUUACUCUUCUUCGCUGCCGUUUGGGGCCCAAAAUUCGCUGUGAUGGCCAUCUUCACAAAGUCCCUCCAGUUUGACCCAGCCCCCUAUCCUAGUUUUGUCGGCUGCAAUUUAGUGGCUGCCAAUCAAAUAUUGUUUGUCUCCUGGGCACUUCUUAUGGUGUACCAAGCCGGUAUUCUAAUAUUAAUGGCAUAUCGCGGGUACAUCGGGUACUGCAGUGGUGGUAAUACAGCUUUGUUCACAGCCGUUUAUCGAGACGGCAUCCUUUAUUACUUGUAUCUAUUCGUUCUCUCCCUCAUCAACAUUGCUGUCAUUAAAGCAUUCCCGGUGGGCAUUUUGUCCAUGUAUCGGAUUACUUGGUGA